AUGGCCUCUGAAAUUGCCCGAGACGGCAUAUUUGCCAUCAACAAACCCUGCGGCGAGAGCUCUGCGCAGGUCAUCCGCGUCUGCCAGCAGCAUUUCAACCCCUCCAACUUCUUCAAACCCAUGCUCGACAACGAAGUUGCGCGCCGCCUCAAGGAGUCGGGCGGCCAGUUCAAGCGCCGCCGACAGGAGAAGAGGGCGUCGCAGGUCAAGAUGGGCCACGGCGGCACCCUUGACCCUCUCGCCACCGGCGUCCUCAUCCUCGGUGUCGGCACCGGCACCAAGCAGCUGUCCCAGUUCCUCGACUGCACCAAGGCAUACGAAACUGUCGUCGUCUUUGGCGCCAGCACCGACACCUACGACCGCGUCGGCCGCGUCCUCUCCAAGCGACCUUACGAUCACAUUACAAAAGAGAAGCUACAGGAGGCGCUCGAGUCCUUUAAGGGCAAGCAGACUCAGAUUCCACCGCUGUAUUCCGCCCUCAAGAUGAAUGGCAAGCCACUGUACGAAUACGCGCGCGAGGGCAAGCCGAUUCCUAGAGAGAUUGAGGGCCGCGAAGUCGAGGUACUCGAUCUGGAGCUCGUCGAGUUUUACGAGCCCGGCAAACACAACCAUCGCUGGCCUACCGAGGAAGCCUCUGCCUCGGAGCGCAACCUGGCCGAGCAGGUUUGGCGCCUCAAGAAGUCGCAAGAGACGGCCAAAAAGCUCACCCCUGAGGAAAAGCACGAAGACGAUGAAGCGAUAGCAGCGCAUGAGUCGUUUAAGAAGAAAUUUGAGGAGCGCCAAGAUGACCUAAUCCGGGACUCACCUAAGCCGUCUCGCCAGCGUAACUCCAAAGAUGCCAUGAUGUCGGGCGCCCUCGGCGCCCUCCCCCAGGCUGCCACACACUCGACCAAGGGCUCCAAUCUUGUGCAGCCCGCGCCCGAUAAAAACACGCCGCCUCCCUGGACCGACGAAGGCCCUCCCGCGGCCAAGAUUAGACUCACCGUCACAUCUGGAUAUUAUAUCCGCAGUUUCUGCCACGAUCUGGGCGCCAAGCUCGACUCGGCCGGGCUCAUGGCCGAGCUCUGCCGCACGCGACAGAGCGACUUUACCGUCGGCGGCAUCAACUGCCUCGAGUACGAUGACCUGGCCAAGGGCGAGGAGGUUUGGGGCCCGCAGGUCGCCGACAUGCUGGCCCGCUGGAACGGCGAGCCAGGUGGCAACUGGACAGCUGCUGACGCCAAAACGAAUGGUGCGACCGCCCCUAGCAAAGCGCACCCGCGAGGCCCAAAUGGUAGCGGCCCGACCAGUCCUGCAAAGGGUGAGAAGCGCCGUCGCUCUCCUUCCGAGGAGUUACCCAGGAAAGCUGCCGCUCGCGGUGACAACGAUAGCCUGCGGCCAGAUACACCGGGCCGUCGACCGUCAGAUGACGAGAAGUCGUGGAACGGCUUUGACGACUAG